UUACGAGGAGAAACGAACCAGUCGUAUCCGUUGUAGCGAAACAAGUGGCUAGCCAUUAUUUAGCUAUCAAGAAAGAAAGUGAGCAAAUCCAUCUGGAAAUCAAAUUGCCCCCCUGCCUUUCGGCAUGGCGGAGGGCAGUAGUGGCAAUGCCACUGCGGCAAACCUACCCCCUGGUGACCCACAACUGGUCGCCAUGAUUGUAGAGCAUCUAAAGAACCGAGGGCUUUUCGACGAGUUUCGCCGGGACUGUCUAGCAGACGUAGAUACAAAGCCAGCCUAUCAGAAUUUGCGUCAGAAAGUCGACAACUUUGUAACCACGCACCUGAGCACGCAAGACUGGAACCCGUCGAUCAACAAGAACCAAAUGAGGAACGGGCUGAGGCAAAGUGUAGUACAUUCGGGCAUGCUGGAGUCUGGUGUGGACAGGAUCAUCACUCAAGUGGUCGACCCCAAGCUAAAUCACACUUUCCGGCCACACAUCGAGACUGCUAUUCAUGACUUCUUGUCUGGAGACAGGAAAGACGAGAGCGUCUCCAAUCCUAACCAUACACCUUCAGAGCAGAUAGAACAGCCAGAUGUCCCACAGACGACUGUAGCGCCGCAAACGGACCAGAGCGACUCCCAGGAGAAGGCGCUCAUCCAGCCCAAAAGACGCCUGUCCCUCCACAACACAGCGGAGAUCCAGAGUUGCUUGGUGAGUUCAGGGGACGUUGGCUGUGGGACAUUUCAGUGUUUCAAUAACAACUCCUGUGAAAUUCGAGGGCUGCACCACAUCUGUCUCACGCUGCUGCACAACGCUGGACGCUAUGACUCACAGGGUAAGUCGUUUGUGAAGGAGGCGUUACGCUGCAUGGCGCUGGGACUUCGCCAACGGUUCAGCUGCGUGAGUCGUCGGUGUGGAGCGGUGAGGGAGAUGGUGUUCUCACUCCAGCGAGAAUGUUACUCCAAACACCAGCUCUGCCUGGUACUCCGGGACCACAUGGACACCAUGGGUGACCUCAUCCACUUCCACCUGCUGUUUCCACCGGGGUCAUACGUGGAGCUGGUGAACUUCUUGAUGGGCUGUGGAGAGGAGGUAAGGUCAUGGGUUGGCCGUCGUUUGCAUGCACAGUGCAACCAGCACUGGGGGGCGCUGUGCAGCAGCUUCAGCAGUGCCUGCUCUCUACGCCAAUCGGAUGCUCCGCUACAGACCACUGUCCCGCCUCCUACCAUACCUCAGACUAUCACUGGCCAGGGUCGCCAGCAGCAGACAACCAGAACAGCUGAUCCGGAGGGAACGAGGGGCUUUAAUCGGCUCAACAUAGCCACGGAACCUGACCUCCCAGGUUCUGGUGAAAUAACGGUCAUUGCACCAUAG